UUUUUUAAUUAAAAAAAAGAGUUUGCCCUAAUUUGCUCAUCGUGAAUCUGUGCCUUUCCCCAACUCUCUCUCGAAAUCAAUCUUCAUCUCUCAUUGCUUAAUACAAUCCACUGGACCACCGCCCUCACGGCGUCGCACAACGUCAAUUCCGGCCGCUUUCGAUUCUUUUGCUUAUCUCCCUUGGACUGCGUAUCAGAUUUGAGUUAGAGGCAAUCAACAGACAGCUAUGGCAGAAGAGGCAAAAGACCCUUUCAAGGGAGUCGAUUGGAAAGCCGUGGGUGGCGAUAUGCAGAAAGAUCCCAGCUCUAUAAACAUUUUAAAGAAAAGGCGUCCAACAAAAGUUAGGCAAAUUCCAGAGUAUUAUUUUCUUCCUAGAAGAUCCCUUCCCUCGGUCCUUGCAUUCUAUGGGGCGUGUAUUGCAGGUGGAAUUGGAGCUGGGAUGCUGGUGGAGAUAUGGAUUAAGGAUAAAGUUAAAAAGGAUGGAGGUGUGGUCUGGGAGUUUGACAAGUAGAGUACAGAAGUAUGAAGUUGUAAUAAGAUCAUCCAGUUCUGGGUUUUUGUUUUGUUGUCAAUUCUUAGUUUUGGCACAUAUAAAGGAAAACAUCUUUUAUUGUCACUGUGAAGUUGUACAAAAAUUGGAAGCAAUAACCAGUAAGUUUUUCGAAGUUAUGACUCCAAUUCAGCUAUUGGUUGUUUCUGUAGUUAUAGAUCAAGCACAAAUGACAAUAAAUGCAAUCAUUUUUGGUAUAAAGUUUAUACAGAUUGUUGCUUUGCUCUGGUAAA